CGAGCCACCUAACGGCGCAAAGAUGGCGAAAAAUAUGACUCUGUCAAUAAAUGUAGAGUUCUUUCCCACCCAACAUGUCCUUCUUCAUGAAGUUCCUUAAUGAGUUGAAGCCUUAAACUACGUUCUAGCACACAUAAACGUCGAUCAUGAAAUACAAACCCAUCUUGCAAAACGAAGUCAGAGCGAAUUCCGGCUUCUAAAUCAGUCCAAAUAUGUCCAAAAUACAGUUCAUGAGGAUAAAGAUCACUUAACACGACAAAGCCGGGAACAGUAACUUGUAACGUCGCAAGAAGAUGACUUCGGCGGCUCAAAGCAUCAUCUACUUUAUUCAUACGACCCGAAUGGUGUUUAAUGACGAAAGUAAACUGUUGUAAGAAAGCAAACCAUGAUGCAUGACGAGCAGAAAUUUUUUAAAGAGAUGGUGCAUCUUCCAUGGGAGUUGAUUGAAGAGAUACUCUCUCGUGUCCCACCUAAAUGUCUUGUUCGCUUCAGAACCGUAUCGAAACAAUGGAACACUCUUUUCGACGACAAGACGUUCAUCAACAACCACAAGAUGACGUUUCGAUUCAUCCUAGCAACCAAAUACAGGAUUUAUUCGGUAAGCAUCGAUCCCGUAAUUGUUGUGGUACGUGACAUAACCUUAGGUACUCCCGGGUUAGCUUUCAAACUUAAAAACUUGGUUGAUUGCAAUGGGUUGUUGCUAUGUGGCAAGAAUAAUGGAGCCGUUGUUUGGAACCCUUGGUUGGGGCAAAGUAGAUGGAUCGAGCCGAGUUUAAAACAUUCUCGUAUGAAUUUCGAAGGUAUAGGAUACGACAAUAAGACUUACAAGAUCGCUGCUUCGUCCCCUGGGAUCAAAUAUCCCAAUCUUGACUUGUGGACAAUCUAUGAAUUUGCCUCUGAUGUGUGGAUAGACCACGACCCAGAACCUGGUAAUGGCGGUAGCAUAUACAUUGAAAGUGUUGUAUCGUUGAAUGGAACUUUGUAUUGGGUUUGUUCUCAUUACGAGACCGAUCCCUUGUGCUACCACAUUAGAAAAUUCGACUUUUCCAGCGGAUUAUUCAUAAGAUUUUGUGAUCUACCAUGCGGGAGAAACCAUGAUGGGGAUGCUCUUGUCCUUGGGAUCUUUAGGGGAGAUCGGUUUUCGUUGCUAAAGCAAUGCAUGGUAACAAAGAAGAUUGAUAUUUGGGUGACCGAGAACAAGAUUAAUGAAAAUGGUGCGGAUGUGGUUUGGAUGAAUUUCAUGAACUUUUCAAGUCCUAACUUGCCGGAUUUAUACUCUAAGCCAAGUUACUUCAUCGAAGAUAAAAGGCUCGUGGUGUGCUCUUGCGACGACACUGGUCGUGCUUGGAUCUAUAUAUUGGGGGAUAAUAAGUUGAUCAGUAAAUUUCAUAUAUAUUGUGUGGUUGAUCCUUGCCUUUUGCACUGUACCUUUAUUCCCAGUUUGGUACCGGUUCCUUGAGGCCGAAGAGAAGAACUGGCAGAACUACAAGUUUAGUUUUAUUACAUUUUUUGGCUUCUUGUUUGGUACGUUAUAGAGAAGCUAAAUUUGAUUUGAAUCUCGGUGUUUUUAUUCAUUACCAUC